AUGACAACACUGGGCUGGCCGCCUAGUGAGCCUUUCAUUUGGCUUCACUUGCAGAGGCGGUCUGUGCUGUCCAACAGUUUACUGAAGAGCCUGGAGGUUUCCAAACUUCAGUCCUGCGGAUCUGUAAAUGAAGUUCAAACCGGACAGACUGGGAGCUCACUCAUGAUGGCGCAGGAUGUUACCAGUUUAACUGGAGAGGACUAUUUUGAGGGGAAAUCACCCCUUUGUUCAGAUGCAGAGGCUUCAAGUCAGGGGGACAAAGAAUAUGAUGACAUUUUGGAGCUUAAUCAGUUUGAUGGACUGCCUUAUUCCUCCAGAUUUUACAAACUACUGAAAGAAAGAAAAGAGCUGCCAGUGUGGAAAGCAAAAUGUGAAUUCAUGGACACUUUGGCCAAAGGACAGUUUGUCAUUGUCAGCGGCUCUGCUAAAACCGGGAGGAGUUCUCAAAUUCCCCAGUGGUGUGCUGAAUUCUGCCUGUCAGCCCAGUUCCAGCAUGGCAUGGUGGUUUGUACCCAGAUUCACGCGCAGCAGGCCGUAGAUCUCGCCUUGAGAGUGGCUGACGAGAUGGACGUCAACAUCGGGCACGAAGUUGGGUACAGCAUCCCUUUGGAAACGUGCUGCACCAAUGACACAGUCCUCCGGUACUGUACAGAUGACAUGCUGCUGAGAGAGAUGAUGUCAGACCCUUUGCUCGAGCGCUACGCCGUGGUAAUCGUGGACCAGGCCCACCAGAGGACCGUGGCCACAGACAUCCUCCAGGGUCUGCUGAAGGAUGUGGCCCUGCAGAGGCUGGAGCUCCGCGUGAUCCUCCUCACCGCCACAGCAGAGCCCGGCCCCAAGCAGCUGGCCCACUUUGCCGGGUCAGCUGUGGUGCCUCUGAUUCACCUGGAGAGCCCCGGCGCUGGGGAGGCGGUGUACAGCAGCACAGGCGAAGGCUACUUCUGCUCCGCCCUCCGUCUGGUGCUGGAGAUCCACCACUCUGAAGAAGAGGGAGAUGUGGUUGUGUUUCUGGUGACAAUGCAGGAGAUAGAUCUGGCCCACGACAUCCUGUGUCGUGAGAGGUACAGUUUGCCUCGUGACCUGGGUGAGCUCCUGCCUGUUGCUGUGCACCCUGGCCAGCCUGGGACUCUACCAGACCUAGGGGAAGAGGAGACAAGCCGGACCCGCAGAGUGUUCCUCACAUCCAGCCCAAACGAGGACUUCUUCUGGGCCAUUAGCACAAUAAACUUUGUCAUUGAUGCCGGGCUUGAGAAGAGAUAUGUUUACAACCCCAGGAUCAGAACAAACUCGGCCAUCAUUCAGCCAAUCAGCAAGGGUCAGGCCGAAAGUCGCAAACAGCUGGCAGGUCCGACAGGCCGGUGUUUUUGUCUGUACCCAGAGGACAGACAGCUUCCUGCUGAGACACGACCUCACAUCGUGGAGUCUGACAUCACCUCCACUGUGCUCUUCUUGAAGAGGAUGGAGAUCGCUGGGCUGGGCCACUGCGACUUCAUCGACAGGCCAGAUCCUGGAGGCCUGAUGCAGGCUUUAGAGGAGCUGGACUACCUGGCAGCUCUGGAUAAUGACGGCAACCUGUCUGAGAUGGGCAUCAUCAUGUCCGAGUUCCCCGUAGAGCCCCAGAUGGCUAAGACGCUGCUCGCCUCCUGCGAGUUCGACUGCGUCAGCGAGGUGGUCAUCAUCGCUGCCAUGCUGACAGCACCAACCUGCUUCAUGGUUCCCUCUGUGGACCUGAAGCCAGAGGCCACCCAGUGCCACAUGAAGUUCCAGCACCCAGAGGGAGACCACUUCACCCUUAUCAAUAUCUACAAGGCCUUUAAACAGUGCCAGCAGGAUCCACACUGUAAUGUGGAGAAGUGGUGUCAGGAUCUGUACCUGAACCACGCCUCUCUGCUGAUGGCUGACGCCCUUCGUACCGAGCUCACCGACACCCUGAAAAGGAUCGAGCUGCCCAUCUCGGUGCCCGCCUUCGGUUCCCGAAGCAACACUUUCAACAUUAAGAGAGCCCUGCUGGCAGGUUUCUUCAUGCAGGUGGCGCGGGAUGUGGAUGGAUCAGGGAACUACUUCAUUAUGACCCAUAAGCAUGUGGCACAGAUCCAUCCUCUGUCUGGCUACGGAGCCAAGAGCCCCAAGCUGGGCCUGCCAGAAUGGGUGCUGUUCCACGAGCACUCCUUCUCCGAGGACAACUGCCUCCGCACCGUCACCCACAUAACGCCCGAGGAGUUCAUUCAGAUGGCACCACAGUAUUUCUUCUACAAUCUGCCGGCAAGCGAGAGCAAAGACAUCCUCCAGAACAUUUUGAACCAUGGAGCUUCUCAUUACCAAGAGGAGAAACCUCCAGCAUCGCAGGAAGAACCCCAAGAAGAUCAGACCAGUGACCGCUGUGUCAUACAGUGACUGACUGAGCCACUGGUGCCACUGGAGGUGAUGAAACAACCAGUAUUACCAGUAACCAGUAAGGACUUAUUGCAUUAUACUGUCCAGAAUCACAUUGUCUGGGUAGUCAUAUAAUUAAUCUUAUAAAUUUAUUAGUUUUUCUGGAGCUUAAUCUGUUCCCCACAUUCCUCUUUUUUCAUUUUCUGUAUUUUUCCUUGAUAGUUGCACAGGGUUCUUUAUAAUUUAUAUUUGUUCUUAAUCCUCCCACUCAGAACAACCUGGUUACUAAAUUGCUAAGAAUAAUUUGCUCAUACAUAAAGUCACUCUUUUUAUUUUAUUCCAGUGAGGUUUAGAAUUUAUAUUCACAGUCCCUGCUGAACUUUUUUAAUGAUGCGGCUCCACAUCCUGCUCCUCCUUUUCACAUCUUACCUUCAGUCAUUGUCCAACGGCUCAGUCACCCGCAGCACCAAGGGGUCCAGCCUGAUUAAUGAGGUGCAGGGACAGUUUGGGUCCCCCUGCAGCUCCAUCUGGUGUGGAUACAGCUCAGUAACGGUGGGGUGACCCAGUUCACUGACAUUGCAUUAAAAACAUCAUGUUCCCUCUCUUCAGUGACUCGUGCAGCGAGAGCCAGUGCCAGGACUCGCAGGGUGCAGUGCAGCCUAACCCACUUAAAAUCUUUCACUCUGAAUUGUCCUUUUUGAGGCAAAGCAGCUUUUAAAUGUAAGGAUAUAUAAACCAAAAUAAUAGCCCAUUAUGUUAGAUUAUACUUUAUAUUUGUUAUUCAAAGAUGUGAUUAAAAUACUUCCUCUAAAAGUUAAUCUGAUGCGUCCUGUUACCCCAAGAUUUUGUGAUGCUUUAGCCGAAACAUACGAUAUCCCAAAAUUGACAGACCACCUACAGAAACGGCACAUAAAAUUUAAAAACCUUUUAUUUUCAUGUCACAGCAAACCAUGCUGCUAUAAACUCACAUUUAUACAGCAAUAAGGACAAACUAGCCUCUUCAGUUUGCAUUGGAUGUUGCCAAACUAUUGCACAAUGUUUUAUUGGAAAGCAUAUAACGCGUUUGAGUUUAUUUCAACUCAUCAGCCUUCAAUCACACUUCAUUCCAUUUUUAUUCACAGCAGUAUUGGUAUUACUGAAUAUCAAAAAUACCAAUCAUAUUAAAAUGAAUCAUUGUUUUUAUGAG